AUCAGUAUUUAUUUUCAAAACCGUUUGCAAUUAAGUUGAAAGAAUUUUAUUGCAAAAAUAUGCAUAUAAUUAUGAAUGCGAUGUUUCUUAUUUUCAUUGCGAAGUUAGUAAUGAAUGUAGAAUUAAAAGACACUGAGGAAUAUUGUGAUCCCAAGCAAGAACAAGUUGUAGUUAGGGCAGUGUUUAUAAACUGUGAAACGAAUGAAGAUCAGAAUUUUCUUGAAAAUCAAGCCACUCGUUUCCAACGUGAAGAGUUGUAUAAACAUAGCGCUCUGCAAGGAUGUCUUAAAAAGCUAGCACUUACCGUUAAAGUGACUAGUGAGCCAGGUAAGAACACAGGCGACGAAUAUAUUCCUAUCGAGCAUGUCUUCGAUGGAUCUAACAAGAGACGAGCUCGUCUCCUGGACCCCUACAUCCUACGUUUAAGAAGAGAUCCUCCAGUGCAAGCGUACAAGCUGCGACGUAUUGAUACUGUCAGUGGAGUUUUAACGUUAACAAGCGAUCGAGGUACGGGUAAAUUAAAAAAGCGUAACUUGGAUGAAUUGGCGGAUCAGAAGGAAUGGAGACAGCACUUCGAGAACACUGAGCGGCAUAAUGUUAUGGCCGACUCUGAAGUGGAAGAAAGACAGGACUCUAAGCAAUGUUUAAUCCCUGAAAAUGCCGCCAAUUUAACUGGACAACUGACAUCGCUGACGCCUAAAGCCAGUGCAAACUUAAAUACGUUAUUUAGUGUAAAACAUGCAAAUGAAUUCUCGAAGAACCAAAUUGGUCUGGCAAUUCAAGAUCACACUAGAGUUAAAAGAGAUAGUUGUACGCUAGCUAACAACCCUGCAUGGAAACGAGAUAAAAGGCAUGAACAUAACAUCAUCGUUGAAGAUAUCACCGAUGAUUAUAAAAUUCCUUGGGUCGAAAAAGAUCGAUUUUACCGAAGACUCGAACAGCCUGCGAGCGGUGCUGAUACACUAGACAAAAAAUCCUCAACGCAUAAUGUAGAAGACGACAAUUAUAUGAAAUCGGCACCAAACACUGAACCGCAUACGCAUCGGGCUUCACAUGUCCAAAACGAACUUCAUCAACUAUCAUCAAAGAGGGAAAAACCCGAAGAUAGAUCAAGUCGAAAUGAGAAUCAUAGAAAAUCUACUGCAAAAAUUAGAGAAAAUAGAGAUAAACCAUACAAUUUUCUAGAUCAUACCACGCACAAAAAUUUUGAUAAAAGAACUAAAAAUACUAAUAAAAUGUCAAGAGUUAAUGCCCCUGAAAAGAAUUUCGUAUUGUAUGAUAUCGGCAGCCCUGACCUUUGGAACAGUGUACACGUACAACUCUUUGAGAAGAUGAGUACACCUGAAGGAAAAACAGUGUGGAACGACAUUACUAAAGGUGAAGUGGCAAGCGUGAACUCACCAUCCGGGGCGGACCGGUCUCUGCAAGCCGCGUCCCCCGCUUACUUCACGUGUGAGUGUGACAACUGCGAUUUUUCGACCCUCUCGCACAUCGACUCGGCGCUGACGCGUAUUCGCUACGAAGCUACGGCGUGCUACGAGCUGUUACGGACUACGAAUCUGCGACGUUUGCACGUGCGGUGCUACGACAAGCCACUUGAAAACAAUACAUAA